AUGUCCUUGGAGACAGAGUUCCUCCUCUCCAUUUUGCAAAUUAAUUUCGAAGCCCCCGAUGUUAUACCUCCAAAUCUCUUGCCGGAGCUGCCCAGACUCCAGAUUGCACGACUUCAGCACCCGAUCCCCAGACAAAGACACAGCGCGCCUGCCGUCCAGCGCCACCCGGACGGCGAGCACAGCACCCUCAUGUCCCAGCAGCGCAUGCCGCAAACGAAACGCCAAUCGCCCAUUCUUGAGCCCCGCUUUCCACACCUUGACGCUCUGAUCCCGCGAUGCCGUGACCAAGGACUCCCCGCGGAACGCUAUGCCCAGCAGGGUGUCAUGGUGCGCUUGCUCGAGCUGCUGGACCAAGGCGCCAGUAUCAAGAACCCAGAUGAGCAGAGCCCCCUUGGAGGCGCCGCUGAAGAAUAA